CUCUGCUCUGGCAUUUUCACACUGAUCUUCUCAUCACACACUGAAAGAAAGUGAAAUCUUGUUUCUCAACAUGUCGAAAUAUUCCAUACAUCAUCUUGAAGCUGAGUUUAGACGGACUUCCUUCGCCGGUGGUCCUCACAUCCUCACAUCCAUCCUUCCUUUCAUUCAGGGAUAAAUAAACAAGUGUGCGGUUGGUUUAAAGCUCCUCCAGGCCUUCAUUAGGAGCUAAUCUGGUUCUGAAAAGGUUUUCCUCCCCGCUGCUUCAACCUGCAUUCACACGCUACGAGCUUCAUCUGCAUCACAACACACACAGAUUAGGCUAAUAGUAUUAGUGAAUCUCCGCGGAUCGUAAUUAUUGCCAUCAUUGUCAUGAUUAUUAUUAUUAGAUUAAAGUCCGUCGCAGACUUGUAACAGAAGGACGGACGAAUUUUUAGUGUGAAAACUAAAGUGAUUUUCUACUUUGCUAAUUUCGAUGAAAAGGUUGGAAUUACGCUUUGUGUUUGUGCGACACUGGUGACGGUUUUUAAAAAGGCUCCUCAACGUAAUCUCACAAAUACACUCACACGGUGUAUCACUGAGGGAAAACGGAUACAAACACACACACACACACCAUGUUUUUUGUCUGCUGGAAAGUUUGCAAAUACUCUCUUUUUUUGCAGAAUUGUUAAACAAAGUAAACUACAGAUUUAAAUAUGCUGUCUCUUUGUCACACACACACACACGCACACAGAGCAGAGAUUAGCCGCUGUAUGGGACCUCAGGGAAUCUCAUUCUCAUGGAAAAACCACUUCUUAAUUCUAAUUGGUGGCCAGUGUAAAUCCUCCACUCCCAUUUAAAGCAGCAGUCAGCAGUUUGUCUUCCUGCUGCUUCACAUGUUCCUCAGACUUUCAGCAUUCACCUUCACAGAUGAUAGACCGCAGUAUAGAGAAAUUAUCUGAUGGUAUAAGCUUUUUGUUUUUGUUGUUGUUAGUGUUUUUGUUUCGGGGCUGUUUAUUGAUAAGUCGGUCACAUUAAUUAUUAUGGCGUCCGCUGUGGCUCCUGUGACAGCAGAAAGCAAGCCGGCGUUCUCCAUCGAGCGGAUUCUGGGUUUGGAGCUGGAAAGACCUGGAAACUGCCUGAAACUCCACCGACCCUGGGCAGAGCGAGAAGAGAAGGAGAACAGAGGAAACAGCGUGUGCUUUAAACAACAUUUUUAUCAGAAACAACAACAACAAAAUCAUGCUGAGCAGCUGAACUCUGCCAGGCCGACAUCCAGCUGGUACAUCGGACGCAGACCACGCACCGCCUUCACCAGCAGCCAGGUGAAUGUACUGGAGACAGUGUUUCAGGUGAACUGUUAUCCGGGGAUCCAGCUGAGGGAGCAGCUGGCGGGCAGACUCGACCUGGACGAGGACAGAAUACAGAUCUGGUUUCAGAACCGGCGGGCCAAACUGAGGCGAUCGCUCAGAGAAACUCGUCUGCAGCUGGUUCAGACGGCCGUGGCUGACCUCGGGGUCAGACACGAGGUCAUAGGUCAUCUGAAGGCUGGGCGGGAUGCGGGAGGUGACCUGCAGCUCGCCCAGCGGCUCGCCUCUCAUCUGCAGCUGGAGGUGGAGGAAGAGGAGGAGUGAUGCUGCUGAACUCGUCUGGAUUUAUUCAUCUGUUUCUACCAGCUUCUGUCUUUAUUCUUCACUUCUUCCAAAUGCAAAAACACAACAUCGGAAAAUAUA